UGCUCCUCCUCGGCUGUGAUGUCUUUCCUCCGGUCAGCGCGUCUCUCGCAGUGGAGCUCCUUUCACGCGCAGAGGUCCUCUGCAAAUUCUCCUGUCGCGACUCGCCCACGUCACGCAAACAGCCAUGGAUGAGAUGGAAGAAGAGUUAAAAUGUCCCGUGUGCGGCUCCUUCUACCGGGAGCCCAUCAUCCUGCCGUGCUCACACAACAUUUGUCUGGCGUGCGCUCGGAAUAUUCUCGUGCAGACGCCCGAUGCUGAAUCUCCGCAGAGCAGCCGAGCCUCCGGAUCUGGAGUCUCUGACUAUGACUAUCUGGAUUUGGAUAAAAUGAGUUUGUACAGCGAGGCAGACAGCGGGUACGGAUCCUACGGGGGCUUCGUCAGCGCUCCGACCACCCCGUGCCAAAAAUCUCCAAACGGGGUGCGGGUGUUCCCCCCGGCCGUCCCUCAGCCUCCUCCUCCGCAGCACCUCCUCCCGCAUCCCGGCUCCCUGCCUCCGAUCCCCCGCAACUCCUGCAUCACCUGUCCUCAGUGUCACCGCAGCCUGAUCCUGGACGACCGGGGGCUCCGCGGGUUCCCCAAAAACCGGGUGCUGGAGGGGGUCGUGGACAGGUAUCAGCAAAGCAAAGCGGCCGCUCUCAAAUGUCAACUGUGCGAGAAGAGUCCGAAGGAGGCCACGAUGAUGUGCGAGCAGUGCGACGUGUUCUACUGCGACCCGUGCCGCAUGAGGUGCCAUCCUCCCCGCGGUCCCCUCGCCAAGCACCGCCUGGUGCCGCCGGCGCAGGGGCGCAUCAGCCGCCGAGCGAGCCCCCGCAAAAUCUCCACAUGCACGGAGCACGACCUGGAGAAUCUCAGCAUGUACUGUGUGCAGUGCAAGAUGCCCGUGUGUUACCAGUGUUUAGAGGAAGGCAAACACGGCACGCACGAAGUCAAAGCUCUGGGCGCAAUGUGGAAACUGCACAAGGGUCAGCUGUCCCAGGCUCUCAACGGACUCUCAGACCGAGCCACUGAGGCCAAAGAGUUCCUGGUUCAGCUGAGAAACAUGGUGCAGCACAUCCAGGAGAACGGAGUGGAGUUCGAGGCCUGUUUGGUGGCGCAGUGUGACGCUCUCAUCGAUGCGCUGAACCGCCGCAAAGCACAGCUGCUGGCUCGAGUCAACAAAGAACAUGAACACAAACUGAAGGUGGUGCGGGAUCAGAUCUCUCACUGUACGGUGAAGCUGCGGCAGACGACGGGACUGAUGGAGUACUGCCUGGAGGUCAUCAAGGAGAACGACCCCAGUGGUUUCCUCCAGAUCUCUGAUGCUCUGAUCCGGAGGGUCCACAUGACAGAAAGCCAGUGGGGGAAGGGAACCCUCACCCCUAGGAUGACCAGUGACUUUGACCUGACCCUGGACAGUGGACCUCUGCUGCAGACAAUCCACCAGCUGGACUUUGUACAGAUGAAAGUCCCAGCGUCGCCCAUUCUGCAGCUAGAGGAAUGCUGCACUCAGAACAGCAGCGCCACGUUGUCAUGGAAACAGCCACCGCUCUCCACCAUCACUGUGGAUGGAUACAUCUUGGAGCUGGACGAUGGAAAUGGGGGACCUUUUAGAGAAGUGUACGUAGGAACGGAAACCAUCUGCACUGUGGAUGGACUCCACUUCAACAGCACGUACAAGUCCAGAGUAAAGGCCUUCAACGCCAGCGGAGUGGGACAGUACAGCAAAACGCUGAUCAUGCAGACCUCUGAGACUGGACUCCCUCCAUGCGAUAUGCAAUCUAUAGGCACAGUUGCUUGGUUCACCUUUGACCCAGCAUCCGCCCACCCUGACAUCAUCUUCACCAACGACAACCUGACCGUCUCUUGCAACAGCUAUGAUGAUAGAGUGGUUGUGGGUAAUUCUGCUUUCUCACGCGGUGUGCACUAUUGGGAAAUGGUUGUUGAUCGCUAUGACAACCACCCGGACCCAGCCUUUGGGAUUGCACGGGGUGACGUCCUGAAGGAUGUGAUGCUGGGGAAAGACGACAAGGCCUGGGCAAUGUAUGUGGACAACAACCGCUCCUGGUUCAUGCACAACAACUCGCAUACUAACAGAACGGACGGUGGCAUCAGUAAAGGAUCUACAAUAGGAGUGCUGCUUGACUUUACACGUGGGAUCCUCAUCUUCCUCAUCAAUGAUGAGCAGCAGGGUCCAGUGGCUUUCGAAAGGUUGGAGGGUGUCUACUACCCUGCUAUCAGUCUAAACCGAAAUGUCCAGAUCACCUUGCAUACUGGCCUCCCCAUCCCCGACUUCUACACUCCGGGGGAAGCAGAUCCGACCGGCUCAGUGUGUUGAAGACAUCCCAGGGUGCAUUCUGUCUGUCAGUUACUGUGAUCUCACCGUCGCUCCUCCCCUUGUUCUUCUGAAUGAUCCAUUGUGCCCAUCCAAGCACUGAAACAUGCCUUGAUCAUACUGAAAACCUUGAAAACAUGAACUCUCCAGAGCGCGUCACAAAAAUGGGCCACGCUUUCCCAUCAGUGCAUUGUAUCUUUACGAUAUACAGAUAAAGUGCAGAUGAAAUCCUGUUCAGCCGAUAGACUCUGAAUGUUAUUCCUUAAAAAAUGUGCAAUGGAUAGUAAUAUGAACGGAAAGGAAGGAGGCUUUUUUUAAAUUAUUAGUACGUAUUAAAUACAAGUUCAUUCAGUCCUUUUUUUUUUCGUUGCAAUCAGUUAUUCAACAAAGGAAACACAUUUAAAUCACCAGGAGGAACGCAGUUGGGACAAGACCAGCCAGCAGCUGCAAUGAUUCCUGGAUGAGAGGAAUAGUCUGACUCUCAGCCGCAUCACUGUUGUACGCUUUUCUUAGUGGCUUAGCUUCUAUAAAUCUUCUGUACUGGAUGUAAAAUACAGUAUCUGUGCUGAAAUGCGACUGUAAGCAAGGCCUUCGCACAGCUUUUCUCAAACACAUGGGCUCCACCUGAAUAGCUGGCAAAAAGCAGUACGUCAUAAUAAUCCAUAGUAUGUCCGAAUACGCAGUGUGCAUUUAGUAUAGUAGCUUAAUGACACCCGGACGAUCUACUACCUCCAUAGUGUGCAGACAGACUACACUACACUAUCCCAUGAUGCAGCUGGAGCAUAUCAACCGAAGAAGAACUUUCCAGGA